AAUAUUUCAUUUAAAAGAUGGAAGUUGAUAAGAAUAUAAGCAAAAUUUUGCUUGAUGAAAUUCAAUAUGUUCAAGAAUAUAUUCGUAACAAUUCACAGAAAAUUAACGAGACCAAUUCAUGUGGUCUGACAUAUUUGAUGGUUGCCUGUCAACUGGGCAACACUGAUUUUAUAAACUUCUUGUUAGAAUCUGGGGCUGAUUUGGAAGUAAGUGACAAAGAGGGUGAUACAGCUUUACAUUAUGCUGUGUUUGGACAUCAGUGUGAUGGGGUGGCCCUCAUGGUCUCCAAGGGUGCCAAUAUUAACUGCCAAGACAAGUCUGGCAACACACCUCUCCAUUAUGCUGUAGGGAAGAACUAUGAAGAUGUGAUGGAAAUCAUAUUAAACACAAAAGCAACUCAGAGUGAUGUGGCAGUGGAUAUCAAGAACUGUAACAAAAUGACACCCUUGCUCCAAGCCAUCUCCGGGGGUCACCUCAGAAUGAUCCACAAGCUACUUUCUCAUGGCGCAGAUAUAAAUGCUGUCGACAAUGAUGACAACAAUUGUCUGCACCUUGCUGUGAAGAAAGGGAUGUUUCAUUCGGAGGGUGAAGCCUUGGGCAUUUUAGACGAGUGCUGUGCUAUGCUUGAAUUGGGAAAGAAUGCCAGGCUCUCCGGUGCAGUAAUAGCUACUUAUCUAGCUCUGCAGGGAGCCAACUUUUACCAUAGAAAUCACAAUAAUGCUAACCCAUUGGACCUCGUUGAGAACCCAGAUUUGAAAGAAAAAUUAAAAUCCAAUUUCCCAUCAUUAUGUCUGUUUUGUGAAGUUAAAGCAUCCACACUGAAAUGCCAGUCAUGUGGACACGUGGUGAUAUGUGAGGAAUGCGGUAUCAAAACAUGUCCUGAAUGUCAGAAACACAUAACUAGAAAAAGUAGAAUCGAGAGUCCAAAGUUGAAGGAGAAGGAUCUAUUGAAAGUGGCCAAGAAGUUAGGGAGUAACUGGUGGCAAGUGGGGAUUUUCUUAGGAGUUAAAACCUCCGAACUGGAAAUUCACGAUAAUUCUAAAGACAAUGUGAAACAAGGCUACGUGGUGUUGCACAAAUGGUUUAAAAGUUGUGACCUAGAGAAACGAACAUUGAAAACACUUGAAGAUGCUCUCAAGGAAGCUGAGUGUGUUGAUGCACUCAAAUCUCUAUCAGCAGAUGUAAAGUGAAGCUCUGUGUAAAUGUUGUUGUUUAGUUUGAGGUCAAUCUCGACCAAAUAGAGACUUUUGGUCAAAUGCAAGGUGAUAAGGUAUGUCUGGUGGUCGAUUUGGCUACUACUUCUAGCAGAUCUAUCUAUCAGAAAGAAAUCCCUUUACUUGUUUGGCUCCGUUGUUGUUAGAGGUUAACUUUUGAAAUAAAGAUAAAUUUUAAACUGUU